GGAAAACUUCAUUGAUUAUCACAGAUUAAAUUUCAUUUCAGCUACGACGUGUUCGGACCAAUUAGCUUGCAAUCAUUUGUACACUGCAAAAACUUGCCAUUCAAAUGCCGCCUGGCAAAACGGAAAUAAGCCAGCUGGUGCUCGAAUCCAUAAUGGUCGUGGGUGGCUCCGCCCCCAAAAAGGUGAUCCUGAGGGCGGUGAGCACCACUGCCAGCACCCAGGUGAGGAAAGUAAUGGGCCCAGUUAACAAGGCCUUAAAUGAGUUCAUCAGGAAGGGCGUAGUCCGCGAACAGGAAGGCAACUACUACAUUAACACGGCAAGCACUACAAGAAAGGCAAAGGACAAGAGACCAUUGAGAGUUUCGUCCAGGGAUCUAUUUGAAUUUUAUACGUAAGAAGGAUUAAUGAUCAUACGCAGGAAAUGCAGCAUUCUUUAUGUAAAUUUUGGAAUUGGCACUUUUUGAUAAAUCUUAGUACUGCGUGAUUUUGCGGCCUCUCACAAAAUUAAAUACUUUUUGUUGCCACUUUUGCAUCCUGGAAUGGCAAACAAGAGAAAAAUUUGACUGUGCUAUUAUUUUUAUAUAUUAAUUUAAAUUCAUAAGUGAUUGUCUUUUUAGGCUUCCAACUACUUUUGUACGAAAAAUAAAUUUAUAACUAAAUGUAAA